AUGACUAAGCCAGGAAAGCCAGACAGCUACUGGAGGGACCUCUGUAUAAAAUAUGCCCAGGGCCUUUACCGCUUCUCGACUGGCAAACGGCCAGGGGCCAAGAAAUGGAAAAAGGCCUUGGAGAACAUCGAUGCUUGCCACUGCAGAGCCAUAGUGGUAGUAAGGAUCUGUUCGGGAGAAGCCUUCAGUGCUCCUGUGGCUUCCACAAGUCCCUUCCCAUGGAGCCAGGAUAUUCUGUCCCAGUUGGAUGUGGCACACAGGAGCCUGUUCCCCGCUGUCCUCACCACCCAACUGGCUCUGGACAGGAAAGCAGUGACUUUCCUCAAGCCAAGGACCAGUGGAAACAGUUCCUCCUACCUCCAGUCUGCGAUGGAAGAAGCGCACAGUGAGGAGUGGGCACGGCAGACCAUCCGCUACCUCUCGGACUGCGUGUCUUCAGUGGCUAAGCUGUUUCACCCAUGGCAAACUACAGUGCGCUUGGACAGCUUCCACUUCAUGAGGCGCUUUAACUGCGGCCUCACAACAGAACACCACCCUCUGUAUGGUAUUUUCUGUGCCAAGCUUUCCUCCUGCAUUUUUGCACGGGACCAGGAGGAUGUGCAACGCCUGAAGGAGGCCAAGAGAGAAGAGUGGAAGAGCAGCCACAGCGGGCAUACUCCCACUGAGGAGCAGCUCAUGGCCACCAUCAGUCCAGGCGAACUGAAGAGGCACUGCAGGAGGAGGACCCGUGGAGUGGAGGAGACGCGGGGCAUGAUCUCAGGGCUGCUGGAAUCAGUGUGGGAGCUGACGGACACCACAGGGCUGCGUCUGGUGAGCCAUGACAGCAUGCGCCAUGUCUGGGAAGUGCAGCAGAAGCACCUGGAGUGCCUCCAAGACCCUGCAGGUGUGGCACUGUACACGAAGGUGGGGACACUCCAGAAGGGCGGCAAAGAGUUGGACGUCCUAAGGUGUGGUAGGGGGUCCUCCUCCCUGGAGAGUUUUCACAAACACCAGUGCGCUUUUAUUCCAGGCUGGCGGUGCAAUGCUGUUCACACACAGAUGUACAUGCUGGAGGGAGUAUCGAGGUGGAACAUGGGCCGGGCCAAGGAGGCAGUAGAUGUGGAGGGGGCCUCAACCCUCAGAAGCUUUGAUGUCCGCUUGAUGUCCCACCUCAGCAACUUAAGCCAGCGCGUUCUUGGUUCCACUCUGGUGCCAGAGUUCACUCCACCCGGGAAACCUACUAGCGAGCGCAUAGCAGUGGAGUAUUUAUUGGCCCAGACCAACAGAGGUGACCUGCUGGCUCCAAAUCAGGUCCCUGAGGUCCCCUCGCAGGUACUUGAGGAGGAGGAUGAGCCGGAUGACACCAUCAGCAUGACUGACAUUCUGUGCCAGUCAGCUGCGAUAGGGGCUGGUGAUCCUCCAGGUGCUGUGGUGGGUGACGCUGAACCCGGACCCCUCGUCACACAGGUGCAGGUGCUUGAGGCGGAGGAGGAGCCAGAUGACACCAUCAGCAUGACUGAUCACACAGGUGAUCCUCCAGGUGCUGUGGAGGAUGACGAUGAACCCGGACCCCUCGUCACAGAGACCAGCCAAUGUGACUCAAGGGGCGUUGUGGGAUGGGAUGCGGUUGAUAACCUUGCAGGCUACCUAGUUGGCUUGAAUCGCACCAUCACUGCCUUGUCAAUGAAGGAGGAGGCGGACAUAGUCCAGCUAUAUACAGCUCUCCAUGACAUGGACAAGAAGCAUUCAAGCUACACCCAGAAGGCUAGAAAGAAAGGACAGACAUCAGGAGGACCAUGGAGAGCACCGAGGAGGCCGAGUGGCUCUGCUCCUGGACAGCAGGCGGCAGAGAG